AUGGAAUCCACCACUUCAGAAUUGCUGCCCAAGGAGUCUUUUGUGCAAAUAUCCUACGGCGAGCUCCUCAAUGCAACGGAUAGGUUCUCUUCCAGCAAUUUGAUUGGUGCUAGCGGUUUCGGCUUCGUCUAUAGAGGAGCUCUUGAUCAGAUCGGAGAUGUUGAGAUCAAAGUACUUAACCUUGUAAACCCAGGUGCCACGAGGAGCUUCAUUCAAGAAUGUAAAGCGUUAAAGAAUAUUAGACACCGGAACCUGGUCAAGAUCGUAACAUGUUGUUCAAGCAUUGAUUUUCAAGGUAACGAAUUUAAAGCUAUAGUUUACAAACUCAUGAUGAAUGAGAAUCUGAAGAAAUGGUUGUAUCCAUCUCAACAAACUAGUAGGUCUGAGUUCAAUCUACUCCAGCGUUUAAGAGUUGCGAUUGAUGUGGCUUCUACACUCGAUUACCUUCAUUAUUAG